AUCAGAUACUUCCUUUUCUGUACUGAGCCCAAUUUAACAUUAAGUGCUCAUAUUUCAUAUUCUGCCUCUAUUUGCCUGGUCAACACAAAGAUAAUAAAAACAAGAAAGCCAAUGCAGUAGUUAAUUUCUUCUAGCAUUGACGAGAUCUCUGCGUAACUAACAGCUUGUGCACAGAAAGUAUGAAGACAGGACAUAAUUUCUUACCCUUUGGAUUGAUGCAGCACUUUGAAAAUUAUCAGUGCAAGAAAACAAUCUGUGUGUGAAGUUCAGACGUUUAGACCUGUGACACAGAUGUAGACGAAGAGAAAAGUAUGCAGAUUGUCUGACAGUUGAGUUAAAAGCAUUUUGAAGGCCAUGGCCUUUUGUCCUGUUAUUUGUGAGCUUGACCAACAUUUGAACGGAGAGAAUGUGGCUGCCCUCAAAUUCCUUUGCAUGGAUCUCAUUCCACAAAAGGAUCUGGAAUCAAUCAGCAAUGGAAUGGAUCUCUUCCUGAAACUAAAUGAAAAUGGAGUUCUAGUGGAUAAGGGAUGUUUCAUUUUAAGGGAACUUCUGUACAGAGUAAAACGACUUGACCUACUCACAGUGAUUGGUGCUACAAUAAACGAAGUCAAGAAUGAACUCUCUAUACCAAACAGAGCUGUUAUUUCAAGUUACAGGCAGCUGUUACAUGACAUCACAGAAAGUAUGUCUAGCCAUGAUGUAAAACAUGCAAAGUUCUUAUUGCCUGGAAAUUUUCGGAAGUGUACAUGGGAAGACACUGUGACAAUGCGAGAAGUAUUUAUAAAAAUGGAAAAACUAGAUUUACUAGCAGAAAACAACAUGGAACAUUUGAAGACAAUUUGUAGAAACAUACGAUCUGAUCUUAUACGGAAAAUUGAAGCAUACGAGAGACACCAAGGUGCCUGUAGCCGGGAAACAACAUUUUUUUCACCUGUUAUGGAAGUGGGAGAAAAUCAGAUGGAUGCUGUGUACAGAAUGCGAAGCAGACCCCUUGGAUACUGUAUUAUCAUUAACAACAGAAACUUUCACGAUGAAACCAAAAUAAGAAGAGGAGCUGAGGCUGAUCUGGUGUCACUACAGAAGGUGUUUAAGAAGCUUCACUUCACUGUAGAGUGCCACAACGACUUGACUGCAGAUAAAAUACGCAUGGCUGUGAAGUCCUACCAAAACGACAUUCAUAAGAGGAGGGACUGUUUUAUCUGCUGCAUUCUCUCACAUGGAGAUAAAGGGACAGUGUAUGGUGUCGAUGGCAAGAGAGUGCCCAUAAGGGACAUAACAUCUUGUUUUACUGGCCAGCAGUGCCCAUCACUCAUUGGGAAACCUAAAAUAUUUUUUAUUCAGGCUUGUCAGGGGGAGAAGACACAAUAUGGUGUGCCUCUUGAAACAGACUUCUUGGACGUUGACUUAGUGGAAACUGAUGCCGCACCUGUCAUAGACUCUGUUGCUGAAUGGGCUGAUUUCCUCAUUGGCAUGUCUACCAUGGAAGACUAUGAGUCCUUUAGGCACAGAAGCAAAGGCAGCCUCUAUAUUCAGGCUCUCUGUAUGAAUCUGGAGAAAAAGUCAAGAUGUGAAGACUUGCUCAGUGUCCUCACCAAAGUCAACAAAGAAGUAGCAGAAACAUUUCCUCUACACCUUCGAAAGAAACAAAUGCCAGAGAUGAGAUCCUGUCUACGGAAGAAACUGAUUUUUUAACUUUUUUGUUAUUGGCUUAAGGGCAUCAGUGUUUUUUCAUACUCAUGAUCAUAUUUUUAUCUGUUUUAGUUAGUUCUCAUGUUGUAAAUAAGUUUAGUCAUAGUAAGUAAUCGCCAUAGGAAUGAAUGUGGUGUUAAUUCUUUGUAUCCCUUGAGAAUGGAUUUUGAACUGUUAAGGGUCUGGGGUUUAACAUUUUUCUAUGAAAUGAUGGAAUACUUAAAUAAAGAAACUGAUUCUUCUAA